AUGAACGUUCCUACUACUCCCCCGAGCGAGUCUAACCAGCCGGUUGGGGUGCCCGUUGUGCAAGUUGAAGGCGGCGAAGCCGUAGCAGAACCCCUACCCUUGCAACAAUUCAUCCGCAAUGUACCUAGACAGAGCGACGGUUCUCUAAGUCCUGGCGACAGCGCAAACUUGGGCAAGAUUUUGGAAGGCAUGAGCCCUGAAGAAGUCAAUGCCAAAGAUGACAAUGAUGAAGGGCAAACGGCGCUUCACCAUGUCGCCCGACGAGGCUUGAAGGGCGUCGUUGCCCGCUUGAUGAAACACGGUGCCAUUGUUUCGGCAGAGGACGCGCAGAAAAACCAGCCGUUGCUCUUGAGCUGCCAAGGGGGGUUUGUCGAGACCACAACAGAGCUUCUAAAGCAAGGCGCAAAGGAUUUCAUCGACGCCAAAAACAGCCUUGGGCAGACGGCGCUUCAUUUCUCUUGUAUAGAUGGAAGGAGCGCAAUUGUCAAGGUACUGCUAAAAUACAAAGUAAACACCAAUGUCUUGGCUGCGGACAACAGCUCGCCAAUUUUCGAAGCUUCCAUUCGGGGCCACCUGGAGAUUGUUCAGCUCUUGCUUUCCCACAAAGGGUGGGAUAAAGGAUUGCUUGAACAAACAGUCAAAGCAACGGGUCGGACCCCUCUACACGCCGCUGUCUACGAGGGGCACGACAAAAUCGCAGAGAAGCUAUUGGAAAGCGGCUCAAAGCUUGAUAUCUGUGACUCCCAAGGGUGGACUCCGUUGAUGGCGGCAACCAAGCAGGAAAGUGUAGGCUUAAUGAAACGUCUUCUUCAGAGAGCGAGUCAAGAUAAUCAGCUCGAGAUACCAGAUAAAGAAAACUUCACCCCUUUGGGGGAAGCAGCUGCAAAGGACUUUUUGACUGGCGUUUAUAUGCUGAUCAAAGCUGGAGCGAACUGUACUUCCAUCAAUAUUCCAAAUGAGAAAGCUCAUAGUAUCUUGGUGAAAGUGAGCUCCUACGGACAUGACAAGAUUGUUGAACUUUUCUUGAAAAACGAGACGAAAAUCGGCCUGUCUCAGGAAGCAAAGGGAGAGGCGUUACAGGCAGCAAGCAAGCAAGGUUACGACAACAUCGUCAAGCAACUAAUAGAUGAAAAAGUAAAGACACCGAUUGAUUUCGAGGAUCAGGCGGGUAUGACUGCACUACAUCAUGCCAUACGUGGAGUCAUCCACAAUAUCGAGAAACACGAUGAGGAUCUCCUCGGUCCAAAUUCUGUCUAUGUAGACGAGAAAAGUAACACUGGAUCAAAACCCGGAAAGCACUAUAAUGUAGCAAAACUUCUCCUUGGCGCUAAAGCUAAACCAGGACAGAAAACAAAAGGGGGGGAAACAGCACUGCAUCUCGCAGUAAGAAGUCCGAGAUCUAAGCGCAUUAAUCGAGUUGAGCUCAUCCUUGAGCAUUUGGAGUAUGACGAUGUUUGGGCAGUAAAUAACAAGCAACAAACUGCGCUGAAUUUAGCCUUCGAAGCAGUGAGCACGGAGAACCAGGCCGCCGACUGGGCGAUGGGUGUAGGCGAUGUACAUGAUAUUGCACGAUUAAUGCUAAAACGCAAAGUGCGAGCUGGGCACGACAUUGAAAGGGUCGACCCGAAUGAUUGGAGCGCCAUCGAGUUGGCAGCCUACCAUGCUCUUCCAGAAGUCCUCGCCUUCCUACUGGUCAACUCUACAUCAAUGAAGGAGACAAUGAAAUGCAUAGACUCCGCAAAGAAACUAGUUGAGGAGAAAAUGAGUCGAAAAAAUGAAUUCUCGACUAGAGCGAAGUCGGAGACAGCUACUACAGCGCCGAUGCCUCAAAACAGUUCUAAUGCUAAGGACGACUGGGAUGAAUCCACGAGGGAGCUUCUUGUUAUGGACAUACUGAACGACCCUCAAAUCGUAAUAAUCAAGGACAGUGAAAGCUACCAGUCCCCACAGCCCGAACGCGGCGUGGAGGGCUUCCCAAAAGAUCACAGCGCCUCGAUAUUUCAAUUCUAUGCUGGCGAGAAGGAAUCAAGCAUCAUUCAACGAUUUCGAACUGUACAGCAAGUCAUUUACGACGACGACAAAGGGCCGAAGAAAAUCAUGGAGGAGGCAGUGAAAAAUUUGAAAAAUAUUUAUGGGAAGAUGAAAUCACGUACUCGGAUAGCUGAUCCUGGAACUGAAACUGAAACUGAAACCGAGCCUAAGUUUACAUGGGUCCAUUUGUCUUCAACAAAUGAUGCCUUAAAACGGAUACUGAAAGAUGAGGGAUGCAGCGAAGAUCGAUUCCGAACGAUCAAAUCUUUCUUUCAGAACAGUUGGGCAGAGAUUCCGGACAAUACAUCGCCGUCUCGGUUUAUGCGACCGCAACAUAGCUGCAAAUCCUUCAACACAGAGAAAAAUGACCAAGACGGACGCUGUACUGCACUUUAUAUUCCUUACCUUUCCUUUGCGAGAUAUUGUCGAGGUCAAUGCUCAGACCACUGUAGAAUUGCCAGGGACGAUAACCCCCGUGAGAGGAGCAACCACCAAAAGCUUCAUGAAGAGACCAGACGCCGCCAGAACUUAGUAGAAGCCUAUAGGAACCAAGUCAUUCACGGCCCCUCGACGCUCGAUGAAUGGUACUACCAAUUUGCAGCUGAGGUUUCUUGGUCUGACGAUGCACAACGCCGCAACAAGACCCAGGUUGUGACAAAAAGCCUUAGAGACAACACGAGCGAGGGUAAGCAUUGGCGUUUAGUUCAGGUUAAUCAAUUAUGGGCUUGGGUCGUUGGUAACAAAUGGCUAAUAACGGCUACUUGGGAUCCAAUCGAUGGGAUCGAAGAGACCCUCCCACAAGGUAUCAUCGACCAUAUCCGGAAGCAAGCCAAGGUCAGAGGCAAACGCUACCAGCCACACAAUGCAUUUUAUAUGAGCAAGCUCUUGGUUGAUUUCUGCAUCGGAUCUUAUGAGCGGGCGCGUAUUCCCACGGAUAAGGAUCCAGAGCACGAACAACAAGUCUCAAUCCGUCAAAUCUUUUCUAAUUAUAUGAACACUAUCGGAAGAGAUGAAACAUUGUUGUUCGAGAUAUCCAGCGAAUUCAGCCUGGAGAAUUGUAGACAGAAACCAGAUUUCAUAAAUGAUGCCAUUAAAUUGGCAAAGGAGAUGUCCUGUCAAAUCAAGGACAUACGAGAUGAACUCAAUAUUCUCAAAUCGGUUGCUCAGUACCAGAGGGAGGUUGAGGAAAAGCUGUCCACUAAUUCAAGGAAGACGGGCUCCGGAAAUGCCAGUCUAAGAGCAAACUACGUGAUUGAAGAUAUUAGCCAGAUGGAUACAGUAUCUCUCCGCAUACAAUCUUCCAUCAGCGAAACCCUCUCAUUGGAGCAAAGUGAAAUUGCCAAUCUUCAGGCAACUCUAUCAGUAGAGCAAGGGACGAGAUCAGUAGAGCAAGGGACGAGACUCAUGGUCUUCACCAUUGUGACGGUUGUGUUUCUACCUCUCUCCUUCCUCGCGUCCUUUUUUGCUAUGGACACUGAAGCGUUCCAAAAAAGUGCCUUGUGGGCUAAACUUCUUGUUUUUCUCGUCACAUUGGCCUUGGUUUUACCAUUCUACAUCCCCAAGAUAUUGUCCAUACUGAGAGACUGGCUUACCCGCUGGAGGUCGAGGAAGGACAAGCGUAUGGAAAAGCUUCUCAUUAGGGCUAAAAAGAACACAAGCACCGAUCCUGAAGCUAUAUCUAGUGACUUGAGAUCUAGAACACCAUCGGAAGUUGAGGAGGCUGCUACAGCCCCAAGCAUCAGAAGAAGGGAUACUCUAGCCAUGCGCUUCAGAAAAUCCGAUUCAGGCCGCAUGCUGUGA